AUCCAAGAAAAAGCAAAAAAAAAAAAGAAGACUAAACUAAAACCAAGAAACACAGAGAGCAAAACAAAUGAGAGGAAUCGUCAUCAUAAGCUUCUUAGUUUUGCAGAGUCUUGUCGUGUCUUCGUCUCAACCAGCACCAAACUUCAAUUUCUUCUACUGGGUCACCUACUGGCCAGGAGCAAUAUGCGAUAGCCAAAAAGGAUGCUGUCCUCCACCGAACAGCAAAGCGACGUCGGAUUUUAUGAUCCAUGGACUCUGGCCUCAAUUCAACAAUGGCACCUGGCCUGCCUUCUGCGACCAAACCAAUCUCUUCAAUAUCUCCAAGGUAUCAGAUCUAAUUUGCAGAAUGGAGACGAAAUGGGCAGAGUGGGGAGUGUGGACAUGUCCAAGCAACGAGACUAAGCUAUGGGAACACGAGUGGGACAAGCAUGGCACGUGCGUCCAAUCUAUCUUCAACCAACACUCUUACUUCCAGACCAAUCUCAAAUACAGACAAAAACUCGACCUCCUCAACAUCCUUAAACAAAAAGGAAUCAAACCGAAUGAUGGGUUUUACGGUUUAGAUGAGAUCAAGAACGCGAUCAAGUGCGUGAUCGGGUUUGCACCGGGUAUUGAAUGCAAUGAAGAUGUAAAGGGGAAGAAGCAGCUUUUCCAAAUCUAUAUAUGUCUUGAUAAUUACGCGAAAGAGUUCGUGGAGUGCCCGUAUGUUCCGGAUAGAUCAUGUGCUUCCAAGAUCAAGUUUCCAAAGUUCACAAAGAAAGAUUCCCUUAGUGAAUCUCUAAGUGUAAUGCCUUCUGUUUUGGCUACCUAACAAACGAGAUAGUGAGAGUGUUUUGUGUAUUUCAAUAAGAGAGUGAAGGGUAAGAAGUUUCUAUAAGUUUGAAGAGUCUUUGAAUAGAGAGUUAAACCUAGUAUGGUAAGAAACCAUGUUGCGCAAUUGCAAUUUCAAAGGCUUGCAUUC